UUUGGUUACAUUGUCCCUAAGAUGCUGUUUGUCUGUCUGUUGCUAUCUGUGUGUCUGCUAACAGGAAUACCGCUGAUAUCGAAACUCUGGCAAUAUCAUAUGGAGUGACCACAGUUAGCUGUAUUUUCAUCCAACCCCUCGAACUGUCUCCAAAAUAUCGAUAUUUUUGUUUUCCAGUUCUCUCCAGAUGACUGUGAUGGCUGCGGUCCAGUGAACUGGGAGCACGUUGACUGGUCCGCCUGUUAUAUCCACCAGUUUGGGAGCUUGUCUUGACUGUUUUCAGUGGAAUUAUCCGAACCUAUGGAGUGUACAUGAAUAUUGAACGGACGGGGAUUCCGAACGGGGAGAGGAUGUGGAGAACAGCUCGGAGGCGUGGGGUCCAGCCCUGAGGAGGUGUCCUGUGGCUGAGAGGAGCACAGCCCUCCUGUGGCCCUCCUGUGGCCCUCCUGUGGCACUCAGGGGCACUCUUACUAAGAUGUCCCUCAGCAGUAGCCCUGCAGGCGGGAAAGGUGUGGACUCCAACGCGGUAGACACAUACGACAGUGGUGAUGAGUGGGAUAUCGGUGUGGGCAAUCUGAUAAUUGAUCUGGAUGCCGAUUUAGAGAAAGACAAACUAGAGAUGUCAAGCAGUAAGGAGGGAGGGGAGAUGGCUGCUCCUCCUAGCGCUGUUGCCACUUUACCUGACAAUAUAAACUUUGUUAGUCCUGUAGCUGCUAUGCAGGGCAAAGAGAGCAAAUCCAAAUCGAAGCGUAGUAAAAACUCUAAGGAAAACAUUAAGGCCCCAGUCUCAGAUGGAGGUAAGAAGGAGGUUCAGGGAAGGGCCCCUGUGGAACUACCACCCCAGAACCCAAACUCUACUCCAGCUAAGGGAACUGACAAGUCUAGUAAACCCUCCCGUACCCCACCUGCUGUGAAAAAAGACAAGGAUGGAUUGUCUGGAAAAGCAAAGAAGGAGAAAAUUGAAGUUUCACCCACAGGAGUGGUCAACACUGAGAAAGAGGCUGGGGUUCUUAUCCUGUCCAGGACACCUCGCAGCAGCCCAUUUGAUGGCCAACAAACACCAGAGUUAGCCUCAGUCGAGCAGCUUGGGAAUAUGGCACUAGACAUUGCAGGGAUAGGCCAGACUGUUGCAAUGACAACAGAGCAGGAGGAGGUGGAGAACAGUGACUGCCGAAAUCUGAAGAAAGUUGUCAGUGGUGAGAAGGCAGAAUCUCAAGUCUCUGCCACUGCUCCUCCUUCUCUCCACCUCCUCGGCCCCAUCUCCAGCAGCAGCAACAUCUCUUCUCCCUGUGAGCAAAUCAUGGUUCGCACACGCUCAGUUGCGGUUAACACAGCUGAUGCUGCAUUAGCAACUGAGCCAGAGUGUCUAGGACCCUGUGAGCCAGGCACCAGUGUCAACCUGGAAGGCAUCGUGUGGCAGGAGACUGAGGACGGAAUGCUUGUUGUCAAUGUCACCUGGAGGAACAAGACCUAUGUGGGAACACUGCUGGAUUGCACAAGACAUGACUGGGCCCCACCAAGGUUCUGUGAUUCUCCGACCAGUGACGUGGAGAUGCGAAGCGGUCGUGGUCGGGGAAAGAGGAUGCGUCCUAGCAGCAACACAACAUUAAACGACAACAGCAACUCCUCAGACAACAAAGGCAACAGCAGCAGCAGCUGCAGCAAGACGCGUGGUUCUGCUACAAACAGCAAAGGACGACGGGGCAGCCAGACAACUGGGUGUGGUGAAGAUGCCAAGGCUAGCCCAUCUUCUGCCAAGAGGAAGACUAAACCUUCCUCUGAUAUGGAGCCUACCUCCAGCUCUGAAGAUACCAAAGCUUCAAAGCGCAUGAGAACCAACUCAACUGGCACUGGGCCCCCUCUUGCAGGAGGUAAAACUGACCCCCUGCCUCCUCCGCAAUUGGACCGGACGUGCCCCUCCCCUAUACUCAUUGACUGUCCCCAUCCCAAUUGCAACAAGAAGUACAAGCAUAUCAAUGGACUAAAGUACCACCAGGCACGUGCCCAUAAUGACCAUGACAUCCGAUUAGACCAGGAAGGAGACAGUGAAUAUGGGGAUGAUGCUGCCGUCCAUCCUGACCCAUCUUCCUGCAACGGUACCGCCUUCUCCCCCGCCCGCUCCACUACACCUAAGAUACGGGGCUUUGAUGCUCCUUCUCCCUCAUCAGGCAAGCUAUGUACAAAGGGAAGGAAGAAGACAGUGGACACUGAACCUGAGGUAACAGACGGUGGUGAGGAGGGGGCAUGUUUGACCGAUGAGGCCAGCAACGAUGGGUUGGAUGAUAGAAAGGGAAAAAAAAUUGUGGCAGGAGGUAAAUCUGAUAAGCUGAUGCAGAAAAGCUUGAAGCUAGCUCGCCCUGUGGCCCACAGUGCCCCUGGAGUCCCGUCACCGUAUUCAUUGCAGGCAUCCUCACCUGCUUUGGGUUCAGUGGUACAGUCUGUACCCAAGAGCCCCCAGAUGAAGAACAUCCAGCCUAAACCCCCUCCACUCACUGACCUCGCUUCCAGCCCUGCCCUUGCCAAAGACAAGAAGAAAAAAGACAAGAAGAAGAGGGAGGGAGGAAAGGAAGGGGAAAGUACAAAGGCAAUGGGUAAGGCAGGAAAGUCCGAAGAGGGGAAGAGCCCCUACUCUGAGUCGUCAGACACUUUUCUUAAUGGCUCCACAGAAGCUCAUCAGAGCCGGUUGGCGAGCAUUAAAGCUGAGGCUGACAAGGUGUACAGCUUCUCGGACAAUGCUCCCAGCCCGUCCAUCGGUGUGGCUAGCAGGAUGGAAGCUGGUCUUGCACCCGCCCUCCACCUCAACCAGAAUGGUGCUGACAACACAUCAGUGAAGACCAGCAGCCCGGCAUACUCUGACAUCUCUGACGUGGGGGAGGACGGAGAGGGCAAGGCAGAGGGUGUGAAGGUCAAGUCAGAACCUGACCAAGGACCUCGUGAAGGUGCAAAGAAGGCGCUGUUUCCUCCUCAGACUCCAUGUAAGGAAUUGCCAUACUACCCCAACUACGACUCCUACUACUCCCCCAGCUAUCCCAACACCAGCCCAGGAGCACCUGCUGCCCUGCCUAAUGUGGAAGGAGUGCAGGUGAAGAAGGAGGAGGAGCUAGAGGUGGGAGAGGAGGGCAAAUUGAAAGUGGAGCCUCAGGAGGACAGGAAGGCGGAGUCUGGGCCUCAGCAGCCAUCAGUCAUUCAGCAGCGGUCCAACAUGUACUCCCAGCCUUUGUACUACAAUCAAUACUAUGUUCCUGCUUACUCCUACUCCCCUGAUCAGGCCUACCAUGCCCACCUUUUGGCCUCUAACCCUGCCUACCGCCAGCAGUAUGAGGAGAGGCAGCGGCAAGCUGAAAAGAAGACCGAGGGCAAAGAGCGUGAGGCUUAUGGGAGAGAUGAGUGGAAGCAGAAAGCCACAGUGACCCCUAAUCUGUCCAGACCUCCCAGUCUCACUGACCUGGGUUCUAAAGGAAUACUUAACCCAGCCAAGUUGAAGGAGCCCACAGCUGUUUCAGAACAAGCCAAGUCAGUCAUCAUGGCAAAGGCAGAAGACCCCAAAUCCCUCACUGCCCAAGCUGAGGGCCUGAAGAUCAAGCUGAGUGAAGCAGGGCAUCAUGGAAAGGAGGAGGCUAAAUCAGGGAUGGAAUCAGGCAGACCGACUGGUGUAGAAUCUACCUUGUGGUACAGACAGCACGAGUCGGAUUCACGGUUGUGGCCCUACGUCUACCCCAGUAAAUACUCAGAAGCUCCAAAACUACAGGAAGAGGAAAGGUGGAAGGACGAGAGGGAGCGAGAACGAGACAGGAAAGGGAAAGAAGAGAGGCUACGACCAAAGGAGGGACUCCAGAAAGAGGAGGUGAAGGAUGUCCAAGAGGGCAGGACACAGCUGCCCCUGGAGGAGCACCGAGGGGAAGGGAAGGAGCCACGACCCCCCCACAUACAGUUUCCAUCUUCUUUGGCCCAGCACCAGGGAUACAUGCAGUACAUGCAUGGACCUUAUGCCUACAGCCAGGGCUACGAGCCCAGCCACCCUGGGUACAGAGGCAUGCCCUCGGUUAUGAUGCAAAAUUAUCCAGGCUCAUACCUACCUACAGGUUACUCCUUUCCCUCAUAUGGAGGAAAGGUGUCAGUGGGUGAGGAUGGGGAGAAACCCUCUAGGUCCAGUCCAACGAUGAAGCCGGCCAGUGAGGCCAAAGCUCUGGACUUGCUACAGCAGCACGCCAGCCAGUACAAAAGCAAAUCCCCAUCCGUCCAAGACAACAAGACCCCACAUGACCGAGACAGGGAGAGAGAAGGCGACCGGCCGCAAUCCUCACCCUCUCAGCGUAUCCUGCCUACCCAUCAUCAUUUGGGAUACCCUUUGCUGUCAGGACAGUAUGAUCUGUCCUACACCUCAGGCCUCUCCUCCUCAGCCAUUGUUGCCAGUCAGCAAGCAUCUGCCCCAUCUAUGUACCCUCCUGCACGAAGGUGAGAAUGGCACACCUGACUGACUGACCUCCAUCCCUCUCAAAGUCAUGUGAAUGGGUCACAUGAGGAAGCAUUUCUGUUGUAACAUCAGCUCAAUGGUGUUUUGUGUAUGUUUGAUAUCUCUGCCUGGAUGUCCAGUUGCCCUUUGCUGGACUGGACCGGACCAAAAGGAUUGAAGCCCUCAUUCUGCUGGUCCUGCUGGUUCCAGGCGGUACUAUUGGUGCUCAAGUGUGUGGGCAGCAGAGAUUUUGGCUCAAAGACUGAGGACAAAGUGGACCUGGUGGGUGGAGACACAAGGAGAUGCUGAUGGUUGUUGGUGCUGGUGGGACAUAGGGUGGGUCUGACAGUUCUGAGCUGCUGUGGCGGGAGGGGCUUUCAGAGUCACGCUGGCUUUUUGUAGUAAGGAAAAGACGGUCACUUCCUGUCUUUUGGAGUCAAGCCUUCAAUUCUGUGUCGUUUUAUGGCACACAGUCGUCUUUCAGUUUUUUUUAUUUCAUUCUCAUAUUUCAGAAACGGCUUCUGACCCUGAGACUUAAUCUACAGUGGCCUCUGACCUCUCUGAGAACCAGUGGUUGGACAUCAUCACACGUUCACCUGGACGUAUCUCAGCUUUAUGGAAAAUAAAAUGAAUACUGUGCACAGAGAAGGACGGACCAAUCAACAGGAAGCAUUUGGAGUGAUACUGUAUCCUCAUCCUGACUGACUCACAGACAGGGAGUCAGGUGGCAUCAGGCUUCUCCACCUCAGUUUGUAGCUAUUAUGUACCCUGUGUGUGUGUGUGUGUGUGAGAGAGAGAGACAGUGAGAGUGUGUAAAUACUGUACAGAGGAAUUAUUUUAAAGAGCCUGUUGGAUGAUGUUGAAUUUCCUACUCUUUGUCUGGUAGCCUUCCCCUCUGUUUUUCUACUGUUGCUGAUCUGAUAUUAAACCUGUAGCUGGUGGAACAAUG